AGAGACGUACAAAGAGAGAGAAUGGAGAGAAUCACAGGGUUGCUUUAAAGUCAAAGACAUCAGAUAAAUUACCUCAUUGUUUGAAGACUCACCACCUGAACCUGAGUCUGUCCACUCCUGAUAUCACAGUCCCUGUCUGUCUGACUCACCACCUGAACCUGAGUCUGUCCACACCUGAUAUCACCGUCCCUGUCUGUCUGACUCACCACCUGAACCUGAGUCUGUCCACACCUGAUAUCACCAGCCCUGUCUGACUCACCACCUGAACCUGAGUCUGUCCACACCUGAUAUCACAGUCCCUGUCUGUCUGACUCACCACCUGAACCUGAGUCUGUCCACAACUGAUAUCACCGUCCCUGUCUGUCUGACUCACCACCUGAACCUGAGUCUGUCCACACCUGAUAUCACAGUCCCUGUCUGUCUGACUCACCACCUGAACCUGAGUCUGUCCACACCUGAUAUCACAUUUUUAGUCAUUUAGCAAACGCUCUUAUCCAGAGCAACUUACAGUUGUGAAUGCAUACAUUUCAUACAAUUUCAUACAUUUUUUUCCUUUGCUGGCCCCCCGUGGGAAUCGAACCCACAACCCUGGUGUUGCAAACACCAUGCUCUACCAACUGAGCUGCAGGGAAGGCUAUCUAUCACCGUCCCUGUCUGUCUGAUUACAGUAUAUUGACAUUGCAUUGUUGUGCCUAACAUGGUGAUGUCUGAGACAACAAACGUUACACAUUUUGAUUGAUUUACUGUAGUAGGACAAUAGAUUUAGUGGAUGUGAUGUCUUUCAGCAGAGAAAACAGCGUCUAUUGUUUUGGAGUGCUAGAAGGAUGAAUCAGUCACUGGAUCUCUGAAAGCAGUGCUUGAUGAGGCGAUAUGUCUACGGCACGUGCUUGUUUGACUGAUCAAAAGGAACGCGAUGGCCAGGUCUAAUAGUCUUUAUGCAAAUUGCAGUGAUUGAAAAAAAAGAACACUAGUCUGCACAAUCGUUUAUCAACUUCUACAGUAGUUUCCCAGCCUACAAUUGCAUUGUGGGGUGUCAAAUGCAAGCUCCGCCACACUUUUCACCAUAAUUUAAAACAGUUUUUCCCUGUUCGUCGCACUAAGUGGAAAUUUCCCUAAACGUGCCCCUCCUACCGGCGUACAGUAAAAGCCAACACUUACAAAUUGUCAGUGGCGAGUCGAUGCAGAAUCCCCCACUCACUGGAGCGAGAGGGCGCGCGAAAAACCUGUCAAGGAAUUAUGAGCGUGGAUCGUCUAUUCGAUGAGCUUGGACACUUCAAAAGGUUCCAGGCAUGUCUGUACUUUGCUGCUGUCUUCCAGGCCAUAGCCUGUGGAAUCCACUACCUGGCCUCUGUGUUCCUUGUGGAGAGGCCAAGCUUUGUCUGCGCACCGCCCGGUAACGUAACUGACGUCCUGUACGGGAACUACACGGGAGCUUCCCUGGAGGAGGUGCUGCCGUUCUUUAAACCGGCGAAUGGGCCCAUGGUGGUGCGGACGGCGGAGGGCAAACAGUGGGAGCUCAGCACCUGCCAGCGAACCCAGCGGAUUAACCCCACAGACUUUACCUACGAGCAGCUCGUCAACAGGACGACAGAGAAGUGCGACAGGAACUACCAUUACGUGUACGACCACAGCGAGGUGUAUCAGAGCAUCGUGACAGACUGGGACCUAGUGUGUGACAGGGAAUGGCUGGCCAAGCUGUGUCAGCCCACUUUUAUGAUGGGUGUGCUGGUCGGAGCGCUGGUGUUCGGGGACAUAGCUGAUAGGGUUGGCAGACGGAGGAUCCUGAUGAUCACCAGCCUGUGCCAGUUUGUGUUUGGUGUAAGCGUGGCAUUUACGGGGAACUACUACCUAUUCAUGUUCAUACGCUUCCUGCUCGCCAUGGUGUCUAGUGGCUACCUUGUGGUGGUGUUUGUGUACGUGACCGAGUUCACCGGCAACAAGGUGCGCACGUGGACCUCCAUGCACGUGCACGCCGCUUUUGCCGUGGGCGUCAUGAUGGUAGCGAUCAUGGGCUACCUGGUGCGAACCUGGCGGAGCUAUCAGAUCAUCCUCUCCACCUGCACCUCCCCCUUCCUCUUCUUCUGCUGGAAGUUCCCAGAGACGCCCUUCUACCUGAUGGCUAAGGGGAGGCUCCAGGAGACCCAGGUCUUGCUGGACUCCAUUGCCCGAUUCAACGGGCUGGAGCCUGGCCGCCUGAGGGCCGAGAACCUCCUGGAACCCGAGGAGGCUCUGCUGGAGAAGGAGGUGGCAGCGGGGGUAGCCCAGCCGGCAGAGCCCGAGAAGAAGCUGAGCAUCCUGGACCUGUUUGGGACGUGGAGGAUGGCGUGGAGGACAGUGACGGUGGGGGCCGUGUGGUUCAUCAGCAGCCUGGGCUACUACGUCUUCUCCCUGGGCUCUGUUAACCUGGGGGGCAACCAGUACAUCAACCUCUUCCUGGCUGGUGCGGUGGAGUUCCCCUCCUACCUGAUUGGCUGUUAUGCGAUGGACCGGGUGGGCAGGAAGAGGACAUGUGCCCCGGCUCUGCUGCUGGCUGGAAUGGCCUGCAUGCUCAUCAUUGUGGUGCCAAACGACAUCGAGGUGUUAGCCAUCUUCCUCAGUAUGACAGGGAAGUUUGCUAUUGCCAUCGCCUUCGGCCUCAUCUACUUGUACACCUGUGAGCUCUACCCAACCAUCAUCAGGUCUCUGGCGGUGGGCAGUGGCAGUAUGAUGUGUCGUGUGGGCAGUGUGGUGGCUCCUUUCUGUGUCUACCUGGCUGACAUUUGGCAAUUCCUACCACAGCUGAUUGUGGGGAUCCUGGCAUUUAUAAUAGGUAUUCUGACCCUGUGGUUACCAGAGACCCUGGGUGAGCCCCUGACCAGCACCAUGGAGGAAGCUGAGGCUCUAGGCAGGAAGAAGAACCCUGAGGAGGGCAAGAAAGACCCUGAGGAAGGGAUGGAGAUGAACUUGAACCAGAGAAACUAGCUGGACGUCAAGCCUUGAGGGACCCACCUCUCCACCAACCAGAGAGAAGGAGUGGUCCACGAAAACAGAGAGGGGGAGGGGGGAGGGAGAGGGAGAGACUCUGACUACUGUAAACGGUGCCAAGAAACCAACAAAAACCAACAACAUCUAAAUUCGAACAAGUCGGACUUUUUAUAAUAAAGUAUUUUUUGACAUUUUACUUUUGCAAAGUGACCCCUUUCAGAGCUGGUAUCCUCUGGUUGAGCCAGGCAGCCUCUGGCUGCAGCUGUUUACAUAGAGACAGAGGGAAGUGAAGUUUAUUCAUCACAUUUUAGUCUCCUGAUGAGAGCCACAUGAAAAUGAUCCUCAUAAUCGGCAUUGAAGUAAUGUGUGCCUUCCAAUCACAUCAACCAAUGAAUUUACACAUAGCGAGACAAUCUUAAGUGCUGUAUGUGUGCAAGAGAUCAAGAGAGAGUGUGCAUGUGUGUUUGUGCAUGUGAAAUGUGAUAUUUCACUGACUGUGAUGUAGGGCUUGAUUCAAUUAGAUCCGCUUUAGCCUACGGCGGUAUCAGAGGUGGAAUUGUGUUAGUGCUGUCAAAUCCACAAGUUGCUCCAGGCAUUAUCAGAGAUACUUUUGAGAAUAUGGGAAGCAACGAGAGCUCUCCUUCAAGGAGUGAAUCGGAGUCAUUUGGGCACGUGCUCAAAAACAUUAGCAUGAAGUACAACAAGAAGUACAACAUUCAAAUCUUUUUUCGAGAUGUGAUAAUUAACUUCUGUAAUAUUGUAUAGCUUUGGCAUCGUGACAUUACGUACUUUCAAGGGAAAUGGGCACGUUUCUCGGCUCAUACCCUGACUGGGAAGGAAUUUUGUGACGAUUAGCUUGCUUGAUGCAACAACAUUAACGCGAUUGGUCAACAGUAUGCUGGGUAGGGCGUUAUACAUUCCUCCAUUCAUUGACCAAUGGGAUUGCUUUCUCCUCCUUUCUCCAAUAUCUCUGGUAUUAUGCCUAAAGCGGAUAUUGCCACUGGCUGCCCGUAGUCGCAUUAACAAAAAUCCCAUGCAGCCUUGUUUACAAGUUGGAACAGUGGAAUGUGAGAUGUAAUCUAGCCUACACCUAGAUUAGAUUGAUACACAUCCUCAUUAUUUACUUUAACGAUUCUUCAAUUUGAACAUAUAUAGCCUACACUUUCUUGUUCGGAACUUAGAACUUGAGUGGGGUGGGUGUGAAGCUCUGACACAUCCAAAACAUCCGCAAUGUGGGUGACUGCUAUCGCCGGUUAAUGCGUGACCUGAUUGAAUCCAGGCCUUGGUUACCUCUAUUCAGCCCGAUAAUCAUGUAGUGUAGCUGUUUUUGCUUAUGUGUUACAUCGAUGCUGUUGUUAUGUCAUUUUAAGUGUACUUGGUUUAUCUGAAGUCCUUACAAACAGACACACACACACACACGUUUGUUUUACUAUCCUUGCGAGGACUUCUGAUCCCCGCAAGGAUAGUAAAACCAAACACACACAGAAAAGUGCACAGUGCAUGAGUUUCCUAGACGUGCUUACUUUAUAUUGAAUCUGAGCUCAUUCAGGAUCUCACUGUGAUACUAUGCCUAUAGUUUUUACUCUAUAGAUUUGCGUGAUGCUUUUUUACAUUUAAGUGUAAACAUGGUCAAACCAUUUAAAUCAUCAUUAUACCGGUCUCUAAAAUCUUUGACUUAUGGCAUCAAUAAUUCUCUUAAAAUAAACACAUUCCUAUUAUUUUGAAA